GGCCGUUUAUUGCUUCAUAUUCCAUCUCCAAGAAGAGCAUAUGUCGAAAAUAAUGCGGCUUCAACAUUCCAGGGGCUUAUCUGCCGGCCCGGUCGAGGCCAGUCUUCAAGCAAACGAUGGAUUGAGACAGUCUUGCUUUCUAUUCGCCUUCUGGAACCGGAUUGCAUCACUCAAUAAGCUCAAUAAGCUCAAUAAUCUCAAUAAGGGCAGUCAAUAAGCCGACUCUCGACGAUACGAUAAGUUAUAUGAUGGGAAGGUGGACCAUGUGGGUUUGCAUGCAUCAGGGUGGUUUAUAAGUUAUAGUUGCACCAGCUCGUCAACUUCUUGCGAGUUCUUGUUCUUCUCCAUGCAUGUAAAGGGGCAAAAUGCUACUACAGCCGGUGUUACCGUCGUGUCUACUACUCUUCUUCACGGGUCUUGCCGCGUGCUGCAGCGAUUGCUCAUAUCCUUCGUUGAUCGAGGCGACUGGCGAGGAACUGCAAAAAGGUCUGGAGGAUGGCUGCUUCACUAGUGUCGACUUGGUAAAUGCAUAUACGGCCAGAAUCCACGAAGUCAAUUCUACUCUUCAUAUGGUUCUGGAUAUCAAUCCGGAUGCGCUCGAGGUAGCGAAGAGUCUUGAUUUGGAGAGAGGUAAUGGGAAAUUGCGCGGGCCGCUCCAUGGUCUUCCAGUGAUGAUCAAACAAACAAUCGGUACUGACGACAAGAUGCGCACUGCUGCGGGUUCGUAUGCUCUAAACAAUGCCCAGGUCUCUGAAGAUGCGACGGUAGCAGCUCUACUUCGAGAACAGGGCCUCAUAAUCCUAGGAAAGACCAGCUUGUCUGAAUGGGCCAACUCUCGAUCGAGCAACUCCACCAAUGGAUGGAAUGCCGAGGGGGGGCAGACCUACGCUGCAUACUACCCAGAUCAAGAUCCCAAUGGCAGCUCCAGUGGUAGCGCAGUGUCGAGCGACUUGGGCCUUGCAUUUGCCACGUUAGGGACCGAGACAAGUGGAAGUCUCCUUCUACCCGGCUCCGUCAACAACGUGGUGGCGAUCAAACCGACCGUGGGCCUAACCUCGCGGUACAUGGUAAUCCCAGUCAGCGAACACCUGGACACCAUCGGACCGAUGGCCCGGACGGUGCGCGACGCCGCCAGCUUGCUGCAGGUCAUUGCAGCCCAGGACUUGCGCGACAAUUACACGCUCGCUUCUCCAUUCGCCGAUGGGUUCCCAGACUACGUCGCCGCCUGCAAGAAUGCAUCCGGUCUGCAGGGCAAGCGGAUUGGCAUCCCACACAACGUACUCGACUACUGGUCUUCUUCAAGUCAGUACACCCCCGCCAUUGCCGCCUUUGAGCAGGCCGUCAUUGAGAUCGCUGCCGCAGGAGCAACCAUCAUCGAUAGUGCCAACUUCACUGCGUACACUGAGUAUGUAACCAGUAGCGUACCAGAGGCCGUGAUUUCCGCCGACUUCAUCACCGACCUGGCCACGUACCUGUCCCAACUGAAAACCAACCCGAACGAGCUGUACUCCCUCGCCGACGUCCGCGAUUUCACCCGCCAGUUCCCCGCAGAAGAGUACCCGCUGCGCAACACCGCCCUAUGGGACGCUGCCCUGGCGCAGGGCUUCAACAACACCUCCCCCCAGUGGUGGCCACUGUACCAGGAAAUGCUCGCCAUGGGCAUCGAAGGCGGCGUCCCCGGCGCGCUGGACCGCGACAACCUCGACGCCGUGAUCCUGCCCACGGCGUUUGCACCAGAUAUGCCCGCUCUGGCCGGCACGCCGGCCAUCACGGUGCCGCUCGGGGCGAUGCCGGAUGGGACGCCCGUCGUCGUGACGGAAGGGAUGGUCGAGGCCGCACCGGGGGUUCCCUUCGGAAUCAGCUUUCUAGGCCGCAAAUGGAGCGAGGAGAUGCUGAUCGGGAUGGCGUAUGCGUUUGAGCAGCGCACACAGGCGAGGAAAACCCUUGGGCGAUAUAUUGAGCCGACGACGGAGAUAGUAGAUACGCUCUGAUGGAUCGCUUUGAUUAAUACAUAUUAUUGCCGGUGAAUCUAAUAUUAUCGACGUCUGUUGUCCUCUCAAGUCACUAUGUCUACACCCAACAUAUCAAAGCCCUCAUCUACUCCACCCAGAUACCUGUUGUAAGCUACCUAGCCUUCUACGGAGUAUACGGAAUAUAUUAAUUAUGAAUCCCUGGGAUGAAAUCCAUGCUUACUAUAAUUCUGGCCUUCCUCCAAUCC